AUGGGAUUUUUCAUAGUUAUUAGUUUUAUGUUUCCUGUCGGGAAUACUGUUCGAUAUAUAACUUCGGAGAAGGAAAACCAAUUAAAAGAAGCAAUGAUAAUCAUGGGUGUGCCUUGUUGGCUGCAUUGGAUUGGUUGGUUCAUACGCACAAUGAUUUUUAUGAUCAUAGCAAUAUCAAUAUGUGUUGCCGUAAUAAAGGUACAUUUGGACGUGAGUUGGACUUUGCUCUGGAUCUUUUUAUUUGUGUACAGCAUUUCAAUGACAACUUAUUGCUUUUUGUUGAGUUCAUUGUUUUCGAAAGCUAGCAUAGCAUCUAUUGGAGCUAUGGUUGGAUGGUUCGCUUUACUAGUACCAUAUGCUUUUUUGAUAGACUCAAGCGAAUCAGAAAAAUUCGUUGCGUGUAUUUCAUCAAAUAUAGCGUUGGUAAAGGGGAUGGAGCUAGUCUACGUAUUCGAACGCAAAAACGGGAUACAAUGGUCAAAUGUUUGGGAAACACUUCCUGAAACCGGAAAUUUUUCGUUGGGAAUUGUCGCGUGUUUCUUGCUGGGAUCGUCGCUUCUUUAUUUAUUAUUAGCACUAUAUAUAGAGAAAGUACUGCCCGAGAAGUAUGGUGUGCCCGCGAAAUGGUAUUUUCCAUUCACGAAAGAGUUUUGGUGCGGAGUGCAUUCUAAUAUUGAAAGUGAAGAUGGUCUUGUUUCAUCGAAUCCAAAUUUCGAAAGUAAUCCGCAACAUUUUUCGGUUGGAAUAAAAAUUAAAAAUUUACGCAAAAUCUACGCAAAUAAAAACGUGGCUGUUAAUGGAUUAACAUUAAAUGUAUUCGACGAUCAAAUUACAAUAUUACUCGGAGCAAAUGGUGCCGGAAAAACUACAGUUAUGUCAAUGUUAACCGGUUGGUUGGCACCUACAUCCGGUUCGGCCCUCCUUAAUGGCUACGAUAUUCGAACAAACCUUCAAAAAGCCCGCAGUUCAAUUGGAUAUUGUCCCCAACAUAAUAUUUUGUUCGAUGAACUAACUGUACGCGAACACAUCGAAUUCUUCGGACGACUGAAAGGUUUAAAGAAAACGGACAUUAAUCGUGAAGUGAAUAAAUAUAUUCAGCAAUUGGAAAUGUACAAAUUCAUCGAUAAAACAUCUCAGUCGCUGUCGGGUGGUAUGAAAAGAAAAUUAUCGGUCGUGAUUGCGCUUUGCGGUGGGUCGAAUGUUGUAUUUUUGGAUGAGCCUUCUUCUGGUCUAGAUCCGACCGCUCGACAUGGUCUUUGGAAUUUACUGCAAGCUGAAAAAAAGGGACGAACCAUCCUGUUGACAACACAUUUCAUGGACGAAGCAGAUGCUCUCGGUGACCGAAUAGCGAUUAUGGCCAAAGGAGAACUUAAAUGUCAUGGAACACCCUUUUUCCUGAAGGCGCGCUUUGGAAGCGGAUACCGCUUGAUAUGUGCAAAAAAUGAUGAAUGCAAUGUUAAUGCUGUGACCGACACUUUGCGUGAAUUUAUUCCCGAUAUUCAUGUGCAUGAAGAUAUCGGAAGUGAAUUUACUUAUGUUUUACCCGCUGAACAUGUUGAUAAAUUUCAACAUAUAUUCGAACUACUAGAACGAAAUCAACAUGAUUUGGGAAUCAGUAGUUUUGGAGUUUCGAUGACGCCACUGGAAGAGAUUUUCUUGAAAGUUUCGUCAGAUGGAAGACUUUCGGAUAAAGCCCAACCUCAGCAAAACGGUUUUGACACAACAGAUUUUGAAGAGCCAUCUUCAACUCCAUUGUUAAUUGGUUUAAGUUUUCACUUGAAUCAAUGGCAUGCAAUGUUUAAAAAACGAUUCAUUUGUUGUAAACGUCGAUGGAUCAUGCUUGUGUUUCAGAAUUUAAUACCACCCUUUACAGUUCUUCUUAUGGUAUUUGCACUUGAAGAUUUGGGAUAUUUCGAAAAUGUUGAGGUGGUUAUAUUGUAUUCGCUGGCAUUUGUUGCUACAUCCAAAUUUUAUAUUAUGUUCCAUAUUCGAGAAAGGGCAACGAAAUCAAAAUUAUUACAAUUCGUCUGUGGUGUAAAUGUUUACACAUAUUGGAUGUCAUCAUUUUUAUUUGAUUACAUUCUUUAUCUACUUAUGGCAGUUAUUUCAAUCGUUCCAUUUCUUGUAUAUGAAAUGCAAAAUUGGAUUGAUAUAACUGGGGUUAUUGUGGCUGUUGCUGCUUUUGGAUUUUCGAUAUUGCCGAUAAUCUAUGUGGCCUCAUUUUUAUUCACAUCCCCAAGUGCUGGACUUAAUGCGAUGGCUAUAAUUCCAAUAAUGCUGAAUUUUAUUUUAAGAGUCAUACCAACACAAAUGCCAGAAACCGAAGAUGAGAAAAAACUUCAGUGGUAUUUUCUAAUUUUUCCAUCAUAUUCAUUUGUUGACAGUUGCAUAAAAUGUGUCCGCCACGAAGAAAACGCGAAAAGCAACGCUUUCAGCUGGGAUUAUGAUAAAAAUGGUAUUUUGCGAAAUUUAACGUACCUGGUUAUAGUUGGUGUUGUGUCCUUUGGAAUUCUUGCCGCAAUCGAACUUUCAAAAUCUUUUGAGAUACUGAAGAACAAAACACAAUCACUGAAUAUAAAUGAUAUUGACGACGAUGUGCUUAAGGAGAAACAAAAUGUCGAUGCAAUGACCAAGGCUGAAUUGCGGGUGACUAAUUUAGUUCUACGGAAGCUGACAAAAAAUUAUAGUGGAUUUGUGGCAGUGAAUAAAAUGUCGAUUGCUGUCAAAAGGGCUGAAUGUUUCGGUCUACUUGGUGUUAAUGGAGCUGGUAAAACGUCCACAUUUAAAAUGCUAACGGGUGACAUAGCCAUCUCCAGUGGCGAAGCAUAUGUACAAGGCAUAUGUUUGAAGUGUAACAUGUUGAAAGUGAACAAGAUUAUCGGUUAUUGUCCACAAUUCGAUGCUUUACUCAAUGAUUUAACCGGCAUGGAAACGAUGGAGAUUUUUGCACUACUACGUGGUGUUCGUCGCAAUGAUAUCCCCAGUGUAAUUGAACGUCUUGCGAACGAACUUGAUUUCAAAGCUCAUCUCAACAAAAAGAUUUCAGAAUAUUCGGGCGGCAAUAAAAGAAAAGUUAGCACUGCCAUUGCAUUGAUUGGCGAUCCAGUUGUUAUUUAUUUGGACGAACCGAGUUCUGCCAUGGAUGCGGGUGCCAAACGUCUUUUAUGGCAGUGUUUAUCGAAGGUUAGAAGUUCUGGUAAAUCAAUAGUAUUAACAUCACAUAGUAUGGAAGAAUGUGAGGCUCUUUGCACCCGCUUGGCCAUCAUGGUUAACGGUGAACUCAAAUGUCUUGGAUCAACGCAACACUUGAAAAAUAAAUUCUCCAAAGGUUUUUGGCUUACAAUAAAAAUGAUGAAUACAGACGACGUUCACUCGGAAUCAACGACAGAAUUUCAUGCAUCUCAAAUAAAGGAGUUUGUAAUUCAAAAUGUUACAGAAGCUGAAUUGAGAGAGGAGUAUAAUGGAUUUUUGAAGUAUUACAUCCCGCCAUCCGACUUGAAGUGGUCGUCAAUGUUUGGUAUCAUGGAAAUAGCUAAACAAACUCUGCCAAUUGAAGACUAUUCA